CCGUCCCGGAAUUCAAACAAUCUAUAAUUUUGCGAUUCACUCCUAAGUCUGCGUUUUCAGGUCUCUGUUUUUCCUUGUAAAAAGACAGCGAUAAUGGCUAGAUUUCAGGUUUCUGCUAUUGUAAUUAUAACAAUCCUCGGGAUUUUGUCGUCUACAUCACAAUCCGUUCGCUUCGAUCUGCAAUCUGGCCACACCAAGUGCAUCUCAGAGGAUAUCAGAAGUAAUUCCAUGACUGUUGGCAAGUAUAGCAUCGUUAACCCACACGACGGCCAGCCUUUGCCGGAGUCGCACAAGCUUACCGCCAGGGUGACAUCGAGCUAUGGGAAUAGUUAUCACUACGCGGAUCAUGUGGAAUCGGGGCAGUUUGCGUUUACGGCGGCGGAGGAAGGGGAUUACAUGGCGUGUUUCUGGGCGGCGGAUCAUAAGCCCCAAGUUACGUUGACUGUGGAUUUCGAUUGGAAGAGUGGUGUAGCUGCUAAAGAUUGGACUAAUGUUGCCAAGAAAGGAUCUAUCGAUGUGAUGGAAUUAGAGUUGAAGAAGCUGCAUGAUACUGUUGUCUCUAUUCAGGAGGAGAUGUAUUUUCUCCGUGAAAGGGAAGAACAAAUGCAAGAGUUGAAUCGAUCUACUAAUUCAAGGAUGGGCUGGUUCAGUUUUCUCUCGCUUGUUCUUUGUCUAUCAGUGGCAGGCUUGCAAGUAUUUCAUCUGAAGACCUUUUUCGAGAAAAAGAAGCUAAUUUAAUUGUAAUUUUAACAGUCUAAUACAACUUUUCUCUCCUUGUUUUUGCUCAGCAAAUGAUAUAUACGUUCACAAGGAUAAUUUAGAUUUACUGGAAUUUUGACAGCAUUUCACAA